AUGGCGCCGCGAAGGACGACGCGCGUCGCGAUCGCGUGCCUUCUCUUCCUCGCGACCGCGUCCUCGCUCGCGACGGUCGCGCGCGGCGACGACGCGGCGUCGGCGUCGGACGCGGACGACGAAGCCGGCACUCGCGCGUCGUCGUCGUCGUCGUCGUCGUCGUCGGACGCGAGGACGACGCGCGACCUUCGCAGGGAAGGCCUGAGCCAACGCGCGAAGCUCGAGCGCGCGUUCCCGCACGCGUUCACGCGCCCGGGCGGCGACAGCGGUCCGGUGUACGCCGCCGCGCGCGGAAGGCUCGGCUCCAUCGGCGCGAGAGGCGAGCGCGAGAAGACGUUCGAGCAGUGGGUGCGAUCGCCGCCGCCGCGCGAAGACGCCGCGGAGAACGACGAGAACCACCCGCACGUCGGCCCGGUGGAGAUACGCGCGGUGUGGGGCAGAGGACGCGGCGUCGUGACGACGCGGAACGUCACGAAGGGCGAGACGCUCGUGGCGAUCCCGCUCGAGAAGUGCCUGUCUACGUUCAGCGCGAGAAAGAGCGCGAUCGGCGAAGCGCUGAAGACGAUAACAUCGCGGGAGGUCACGAUAGACGCGGUCAUCGCGCUGCAUCUGCUGCACGAGCUGUACGUCCAGAGGGAAAAGUCCGAGUGGUGGCCGUGGGUGUCCAUCUUACCGCGGGACGUGGAGACGCCGUUGCUGUGGACGCCGCGAGAGUUGGCGCAACUCGAGGGGAGCAAUCUGAUCGGGUUCAGAGACGCCGUCUUGAAAGGGUGGACGACGCAGCGCGACGCGCUGUUCCCGAAGUUGACCCAGAAGUUCCCGAGCUUGUUCCCGGAGGAGCACUUUCGAACGGAGCGGUGGGCGUGGGCGAUGGCGAUCGUGUGGUCGCGAGCCGCGGACGUGCCGGUGCCGCGACCGGAGGCGAUCUUUCCGAGCGGCGACGACAAGUCGCGCGAGCUGCGCGUGAUCGUUCCCCUGUUUGACAUGAUCAACCACGGGUACGACCACGCGCCCGUCACCCCCGGGGGCGUGAAAGGCGGCGGAGGGGAGGGGAGAGAGAAAGGCGGCGUCGGCGUGGACGAUUCCCCGGCGCUGAUACCGAGCUGGGACCCGUCGCGGCGGAUGGUCGCGAUUCGCGCGGGCGUCCCGUUCCCGGGUCCGAACUACGAGGUUCGGUUCAACUACGGCGCGAAACCGUCGCAGCACGUGCUCUUGCAGUACGGGUUCGUUCCCAUGAACAACCCGGACGAGAGCGUGGAGGUCGCCAUGCACGCGGGCUCGAGGGACAAGCUCAAGUCGCUGAAGAGCGAGCUGCUGCGCACGCACGAGCUGUCGCCGAGGGAGCGAAAUUUUCAGUUUUACCCGCGGCGUCUCGACGCGGACUUGCUCGCGGCGACGCGAGUGCAGAUGAUGUCCGAGCUCGAGAUCAACUCCGCGGCCGCGAUCAGCGCCGCGGUCGCGGGCGCGCCCGUGAGCGACCGCAACGAGGCGAAGACGAGGGCGAUGCUUCUGAAAGCCGCGCACGACAUGUUGCGUCGAUAUCCGACGACGCUGUGGGAGGACAAGAAGAUCGUCCAAGAGCACGCGGACGCGAACCCCGUGGACGCGGACGAGGCUUCAGAGAGGGAGAAGAAGGACGCGGAGGAGGAAACGACAACGACGACGACGGGCGACGACGACGACGAAGCGGCUCAUCCGACGCUGAGCAAACGCGUGAAGCUCGGCAUCAUGAUGCGCAUACAAGAGAAGAGCACGCUGCUCGCCGCGGCUCGUCUCGUCGCGGCGCGGAUCCCGGACGACGCGGGCGAGGGCGAGGACGUGUGCGAGGAGAGGUACCCGCAGCGGGAGUUGAGAGCGUGCUUGGAUCGUCUCUCCGGCGUCGCGUUCGAUCGGUUCGAGAGACCGCCGGAGGAGGAAGAGGAGGAGGAGGAGGCGGACGACGACGACGACGCCGAGGACGGGGAGGAGCCAAGUAGUCGUAAAGACGAGUUAUGA